GUUUCCUUGAGCAGGGAUUACUCGUCAAAGACUUCAAGAAGCUGCGUGCGAAAUAUUUUGCCACUUUGCAGUUCAAGUUGGACAUCCUAUCCAUUCUGCCUACUGACUUGGUCUAUUUCGCCGUUGGCAUCCAUCGGCCUGAGUUACGCUUCAACCGGCUGCUGCAUUUCCCUCGCAUGUUUGAGUUCUUUGACCGGACCGAAACCAGAACCAGUUACCCGAACAUCUUUAGGAUCUGCAAUUUGGUGAUGUACAUUUUAGUCAUCAUCCACUGGAAUGCCUGCAUUUACUAUGCCAUCUCCAAGGCCAUUGGCUUUGGAGAAGACACCUGGGUUUAUCCAAAUAUCUCAGAUCCAGAAUAUGGAUACCUGACCAGGGAGUAUAUCUAUUGCCUCUACUGGUCCACAUUGACCUUGACCACCAUUGGUGAGACUCCUCCCCCUGUGCGCGAUGAGGAAUACCUCUUUGUCAUCUUUGACUUCCUCAUUGGAGUUCUCAUCUUUGCUACUAUUGUGGGGAAUGUGGGCUCCAUGAUCUCCAACAUGAAUGCCAACAGGGCGGAAUUCCAGGCCAAGAUCGAUGCCGUCAAGCACUAUAUGCACUUCCGUAAAGUAAGCCGAGAGAUGGAAGCGAAGGUUAUCCGGUGGUUUGACUAUCUUUGGACCAACAAGAAAACCGUGGAUGAGUGGGAGGUGCUCAAAAACCUUCCUGAUAAACUGAGGGCUGAAAUAGCCAUCAACGUCCACCUGGAAACCCUGAAGAAAGUGCGGAUAUUCCAGGACUGUGAAGCUGGGCUCCUGGUGGAAUUGGUGCUCAAGCUUCGCCCUCAGGUUUUCAGCCCGGGCGAUUAUAUUUGCCGGAAAGGAGAUAUUGGUAAAGAAAUGUACAUCAUUAAGGAAGGGAAGUUGGCGGUGGUGGCAGACGACGGUAUUACGCAAUUCGCCUUGCUGACGGCCGGCUGCUGCUUUGGAGAAAUCAGCAUCCUCAACAUUAAAGGAAGCAAAAUGGGGAACAGGCGGACGGCGAAUAUCCGGAGCAUCGGCUACUCCGACCUCUUCUGCCUCUCCAAAGAAGACCUCAUGGAAGCGGUGACUGAGUAUCCGGAUGCCAAAAGAGUCCUGGAAGAACGUGGCCGAGAGAUCCUCACCAAAGAGGGCCUGUUGGAUGAAGCCGCCGCGGCGGAAAGCAUAGAAACGAUGGAUGUGGGCCAGAAGCUGGACAGGUUGGAGACCAGCCUGGAGACGCUGAACACUCGCUUCUCUCGCCUCUUGGCGGAAUACGAUGCCGCUCAGAUGAAGCUCAAGCAACGCCUCACUUCUCUGGAAGCCAAACUGAAGGAAGACAAGGAGGAGGAGCUGUUUCUGGAGGGCAUUAUCAGCCCACUGGCGGGGGAAGAGGAAAAAACCAGCCCUUGAAGUCUUGCUUCCUAGAAUUUCCUGUUUAUUUACUUUAUUUACUUUGCUUGCAUGUUACUUAUUCCUUCCCCCUGCCCCCCCCAGAUCUAAUUCUCAUCAGAUUAUCUGACCACAAGAUCUGUUUCCAAACUCUUGACACAGCUCUCUCCUUCCCUUACAGUAACCUUACAACU